UCAAGUUCAAAAAGAUUCACUUGCUCUUCUCCCUGAGAGAGAGAGAGAGAGAGAGAGAAUGGAAAUUGCUGUUUUGGGUGGUGGGUUGCAGCAUAUCCUUAACCUCCCUUCACCCAUCGUCACCUCUCCCUCCAUUUCUACCACAGAAAAGAACAAGAGGAAGAGUUAUUGGCUCACCUUUGCAAGUACUACCCUCAACGAGUCUCAACUUGAGCCUGCCCAAGUUUCAGCCCCUUCUACUACCGCUUUGCGUAAAACCAGCUUAACCCCCUACUCGGCAAGGCGAGCUGCAGUUGUAUACGUACAAAAGUGCGCUGAUUUGGAUUCUGCUCUCUCAAGGUCAGGAGAGGUGUUGCAGGUGCAAGAUUUGAAUGUUAUCUUGCGCCAUUUUGGGAAGCUAAACAGAUGGAAGGAUGUCUCUCAGCUCUUCGAUUGGAUGCAGAAGAAUGGGAAGGUUAAUGUUGGAUCAUACAGCAGUUAUAUCAAGUUUAUGGGCAAGAGCCUCAAUCCCAUAAAAGUACUGGAAAUGUACAAUGGCAUUCAAGACAAAUCACUGAAAAAUAAUGUCUCUGUCUGUAACUCUGUUCUCAGUUGCCUAGUCAGGAAUGGAAAAUUUGAAAGCAGCAUUAAACUGUUUGAUCAAAUGAAACAAUGUGGACUGAUCCCAGAUGUUGUUACUUAUAGUACCCUGCUUGCAGGCUGCAUCAAAGUCAAACAUGGCUACUCUAAGGCAUUGCAGCUUCUCCGAGAACUGGAAGACAGUGGUUUAGGCAUGGACAUUGUGAUCUAUGGAACUCUUAUAGCUAUUUGUGCAUCUAGUGGUCAAAGCAUAGAAGCAGAAUCCUAUUUUGAGAAGAUGAAAAAGGAAGGUUAUUCUCCUAAUGUUUUCCAUUACAGCUCUUUGCUCAAUGCAUAUUCAGUUGAUGGAAACCAUUUGAAGGCUGAUGAGUUGGUCAGUGAUAUGAAAUCUGCCGGGAUUGUCCCAAAUAAGGUUUUUCUCAUCUUUACUUAUUAUUUUGGUGCCCACAGCGCAGAUUCUGAUUUUCUUUCAUGUUUGCUCCUAUAUAAAAUAGUGAUACUAGCUAUAAAAAGAUCCCAUCAAUAUGAUAGAGAGAUGGUUUGA